AUGCAAUAAGUAUCAUGAUAAGAUUCUUCUUGCUUGAUUGUUGUCAUGUUGAUGGAGCCUAAGCUUAUACUCCCUCGGUCGGAAAAGGAUGUCGCCGUGGCAAUUUUUCAAAAAAACCCUCCGCAAAUUGUGCGCCUCUGCCGCGUUGCUUCCCCUUCCUCUGCUGCGUUGCUUCCCCGGCGAGGAGAAGGCUCGUUUUUUUUUUUGUGAUAUGCUCUCCGACUGACGCGUCCUUCCACGCUGGUGGCGAACCAGAGCUGGCCCUGACCAUCGUCAACCUCGUGUACCCCGCCAUCAACCUCGUCCACCUCGCUGUCAACCUCGUCCACGAAGCCGGUCCACACAGAUCGACCGAUGGGAGCCAGGAGGCUCAUGGAGCUAUACGAGCCGGAUCCCGGCGAUCGCCUCACGUAACACAACGGCACCAUGCUCAGCGGCGACAUCCCCGUGUCCAUCCUCUGGAGCAGAUUUGCUCCCCAUCUUCAUUCUACAUACAGGAGAAGGAUUGCCAAUUCAGGCUUGCAGAUGGAUUGCCCUGCGGCUGCUCCUGUUGUGAUGUGCAGAACUGGUGGCUUGCAGGGCGGCGGACCUCGUGCUCAUCGAUUGGGGCGGACGGCGGGGGAAGAUGUUGAAAUGGCGGACCUUGUGCUCUCGACGGGCGAGGGAUCCGCGGUGGCGCAGGUGCAGGUGGGCGGCGCCGCGGUGGCUGGUCGCGCCGGUGGGCGGUGGAGUCGCGUAGCUGGGCGCCGGCUGGUCCUGGCGGAUCGAAGACCAAGUUGCCUCCGUGGUCACGGCGGAGGCCGGCAGCUGGUGGCGGGCGGGCGGCGGCUGGUGGUCGCGGGAGGGCGGCGGAAUCCCACGGCGACGGGCACUGACGACGCGCGGGCGACGGACAGAGGAAGAAGAAGUGACCUGUUUGUUACUGUUUUUGACGGCCACUGA